AUGGCAACCAAUGCCAAGUCUCUUGAGAAAGUCUUCUUGACGAAGCAGCGAGGAGCUCACAAGCGGCAUGCUGGAACCAGGUCGUACGCUAUUCAUAAGGAGAUACACAUCAUGGAACCUCUACAGCACGAAAUAACCGACCAUCUGAUACAGGACCUCGAUAUUUCGGUUGGUGUCAUCGCGCGGUACAAGCGCUAUCAUCCAAUGGUCAAGAAUAUCGAUCCUGUCACUAUGGAGGCAUGUGAUGUGAACGUGAGUCUUUCGGUCCUAGUUAACGCCGGUGCAUUCCGGGAUGCGCUGACAAGUUUGACCUUUGCCGAAAACAUCCCACUCUUGGGUAAUUCGGCAAAUUCGUCGGGCACAGGGACUAAAUACCGUGUGGAUGAUAUUAAUAAGGAGCUCAUUGAAAUCGCGGAUAUCGUAAUCGACUACGGGCUGCUGAAGUGGUGGGUUCAUGGUCGAAGUUCUACGCUGCUAGAUUUCAGCGGCCCUUCCGUAGAGGUAAUCCGGAUUGGUGCUUGCUACAACGUAAUCAGGGACGUACUUAAGCGUCAAUGGAACAUUGAGCUUCCAGCAGACCCGGGAAUGGAGUCACUGAGGUUUAGACACUUGACGAAUCUGGAUCCGGUCAAGUCGUUGCAGGACUUAAUUACCCCUAUUCAAAACCAGUAAAUUGACUACAGGCUGAAAGCAGUAGUACUAUCGAGCAUAGCAUAACCUCGUUGCUUUUAAUUUUUACUCGUUGCCUUGAGUAGAUUUAUU